UUUUGUGGUUUUAUUGUCUUAAGGGUGAAAGACCUGUUCUCAGCUUUGGAGGACGCUGAACUAGAUGCUCUGGUCAAAGACACACUUCGAUGUAACCGAAACGCUGGGUAUAAGAUUGUGUUUCGAUAUCUCUCUACUCAGGGAGUUUGUGUACAGAGAAUACGUGUUCAGGAAUCCAUGAGACGUGUGGAUCCUCAGGGUGUCCUAAUGCGCAGUCUUCAACUGAACCCCCGGAGGCGUAGAAAAUAUUCGGUCCCUGGACCCAACAGUUUGUGGCACAUUGAUGCUAACCAUAAGCUAAUAAGGUGGCGUAUUGUAGUUCAUGGUGGCAUUGAUGGAUUUAGCCGUCUAAUCGUGUACUUGCAAGCUGCCACGAACAAUAAGGCUACUACAGUCCUGGCAAGCUUUUUCGAAGGUGUCAGCCUAUAUGGUGUGCCAUCGCGUGUAAGAUCUGACAAAGGCGGGGAGAAUAUUGAUGUUGCUCACUUCAUGGUUUCAACCAGAGGAGAGAACAGAAACUCGCACAUCACAGGAAAGAGUGUCCAUAAUCAAAGGAUUGAAAGGUUGUGGAGAGAUGUUUAUGCUGGAGUGCUUGAUCUCUUCUAUACUCUCUUCGCCAACCUUGAAAAUGACGGGCUUCUACAACCAGAUGAUGAAGUGCAUCUCUAUGCCCUCCACCGGUGUUUCAUGCCACAUGUUCAGAAACACCUUCAGUUCUUCGAGAUGGCUGGAAUCCAGUCACCAAACCAGCUCUGGUCAAGUCAUCAACCUGAGACAUUGCAAGACCCUAACCAGGUAGAUCCCAUGCAGUAUGGUAUUGAUUGGACGGGGCCAUAUGGUCAUCAUGAACCUGGUGUAGUGAUCCCUGGUGUACAGCUACCACGUCAACUUACACAACGGGAUGUUGAGAGGUUUCCGGACCCAGAUGUUCCCCUGUCUGAUGAUUUGGAUAUCUACAGAGAGACUGUAGCUUUAUUAUCCGAAAUGAUGCAUUAAGACGAGAGAGCGCCAAUUAAUUUAGCAUAUGCUGCAUUAAAUUAUUUUGAGGUGCUUAUCUGUAAUAUUAUCAACCUUGUUCAAACACUUUUUAAUUGAUGAAAUAAAACUUUUAUUGAACUUGUGUAAUGCUGGCCACACAAUCUUUGUAAUACUCAAUAAAUGUUUCAAAUAACAUUUGACCAAAAGUUAGUUUGGUAUAACUUUGACAACAAGGUGAAUACAACAUGUGAAACUUGUUUUCAAGAGUGACAGUCUUGAUUUCCAUGCUUAGUAACAAAACUGUUAAACACUAAAACAUGUUUGAGAUUUUGUGACUGGACACAGUGAAAACUAGAAAAUAACAGACGAGUAAAUAU